AUGCACUCGUCAUCGUUCCCUUUGCCACUCAGGGUUACAUUCAGCGGGGCUUUCAAGUUUUACAAUGCCUGGGCGAGGGAGAUCGCCCGGAUACAGCGGUGCCCACAGCAAAGUGACAUGGCCUUGGGACUGGCUGCAUUAGCUAUUGCUGAAAAGGCUCAUCGCCGCCCAUUUGCCUCCGAGACGGCAAGUUGCCAGACGGAGGUUGUUCAACGGUGUUUCAAGGACGGUUCCCUGUCGAGCCUUGACACCAGAGCCCAUCACAAGUCUGUUGACGUACAGUGCUUCAAGGUCGGUUCCCUGUCGAGCCUUGGCACUACAUCUCUGGACGAUGUCCAAGCACCAAUCAGCCCCACCUCGGCUGUUGAGGAUGAUAGCCUUCGUCGGCUGAUGGUCACUCAAGUCGAAGUCUACCCUGCACACCUCAACCACCCUGAGGUAAGAUGCCAACCCUUGGCCACCUUUCAGUGGCAUCAAGGUUGCAGAGCAACAGGCGCAGACCCGACAGGUUCGCAGUAUAAUAGAUAUGCUGUGUUCAGUACCGCGGAUCAUGCUAAGGUGCGGCCGCUACCCGGGUCCGGCUCUUUCGAUGAGAUUGUCUUCGAUUUGCUUGCAGAGUAUCCCGGAUUGCGCUCCAUUCGUUUGUUGAAAAACAGGCUUGGAGGUUUUCCUGCAGCACAAUUUGUAGUUGCACAAAGAUCGGAUCCCUUGGUGAUGCCACUCAUCCCCGUGGAUUUCCGACCAUUGCAAGGCCGUGUUUGCACAGUCGCCUUUCAGGCGAACAGCGGUCAACGGCAGGCUUGUGAUCGAUGCACUGCACAGUGCCCUCAGAACCGACUGCCGCCCGGACCCUUCAGCUUGCAACUACCUGAUGGUGAGCGGCUGCAUGAGGUCACGCCUGCCCUUCCUGAUUUUCUUUCAGCCUUGCAUGAAGCAGAAGAGGAUGAUGAAUCGGCAAUGCUGACGAAGACAUGCACACCUUCAUUGCGAGACGGACGUCGGCUCAAGGAUCCCAGAGAGCCUGUGAACCGACUCAGGGACCAGUCACUUAAGCAGGCCCCGCAUGGACUCACUCAGAGCAAGGUGGCGCUACCCCGCCGGCCGGUGCUUACGCCGCCCGGCUCUUCUUCUGCGCGGCCCCCACAGGCGCCACUACGUCCCACUGAGAUCGCAUUCAUCAGGGCUGCGCGGGCCACUGUUUUUCCGCCUGAUCUCGACGGGCCAGCGCUUUACUUUCCGCUUGAAAGGAUCAUCUUGGAGCUCCGUCCACAGAUCGACCCACAAGGGCGUGGCCGUUAUACAGUCUUUGAGCCAGGGGCGCGACCAAGAGUGCGCGCUUGCGGGGCGGACUGGGUGCUAGGAGAUUUCGCAGCGGACGCAGCUGGGUCAGCGCUCUUUCCAGUGCGUUCGAUCCAGUUCAUUACACGGCCCCUCCAUGGCCACCCAAUUCCGCAAGUUGUGCUCUCUCCUACGACAGCACCCGCGCUGCACUACGCAGUCGUUUUCGAUCUCCGUAGCCAGGGCUCUGACGUCGUCACUGCUUGCAUUCCACCAGCGCUUCAGCUCGGGGAACUCGAGCCAUUCGUUGCAGCGGGGGCACCGAUCCCGGCAUUGUUGAGAUUUCGACAGGGCCCACCUCAGGCGCUCAUCGACUCGGCAGAUCGGCAGCAUGGGUCAAUAACCCCUCCAUUGGCCAAGUUUGAAUGGGUGAUCCUCCAGUUCGGGCUUCAGGAGCAGGAACUUCCGGUAACCAUUGCAGUGGACGAAACGGAGGCAGUAAGGUUAAGAGACCCUGGCUUGACGAUGAGGCAAGCAAACACCUCUCAGAUACCAGAAAGCAGGCGAGAAGCCGUCUUGCCGGGCGACCCGCCACCUUCGGCGCACCCACGACGAAUGGCUAAUCCGGCUGCAAAACCCACGUGCGAGUGCUUGCCUGAGGACCUGUUUGCUAUUGAGCAGAGCGUUGCAGAGACGCUCCAAUUUCCCAUCGUUCAGCUCACUGGAAGGAACGGUGCACCGUGUUUCCCGUUUACGGUUCUGUCGUGGCACCAAGAUCCGAAAAGACUAACAGCGGGUAUGAGCUGGUCUUUGCACCAGCUCGCCGUCGUUGCCCAAGCUGCAGCAUGGGAUGAUGUUAUUAGGGCAAUCCACGUGGUGCAGAGCCCCCUUCCAGGGCUCGCUUCUCCACAGCUUGUUCUGACACCUGCCAAUGUGACUGCUCCAUGGCGAGUCUUGCCGAUUGAUUUAAGACCCAUCGGCGGGAGUGUCUUCCCAGUGCCAGUUGAACCCGAGAUGCACAUCCAAGAUAUUUUUGAGUCCAUUCUCCCCUUUACCACCACGGAUGUGGCAGUGCAGCUUCGAUUGCAAGGGGAGUCAGCGCCAUUCCUGCAAGAUCAAUUGGGAGCAGUGCUGACCAGCCUUCCUGCCAGCAUUGAACAUCUCGAAUGGAUCGCCGUGCGCACCAGGGGAGGGCAUCCCUCCUGCGGCGCAGGUGGCUGCGGCACUACCAGCACCACCACCCUCAUGCGCCUUAGGGAAGAUGAGAGGCUUAGCUUCACCCUGGUCCAUGGACCCAAGGUGCUACGCACGUCUCCGCAGCUCGCCACAGCCGCGCGCCCCGAACAAGCAUUGGCGCUGCUAGUGGGCACAUACGCCCGUCAGACACGUCUCCCAGAUACGGGUACCAUUCAUAUGUUGCACGCUUUCCCCCUAAGAGAAGAAGGGAACUUUAUGGUGCCGUUUGUGCUUGCCCGAGGGUUGGAGGACACCAUUGCAGUCAUCAUUGACACCACCCUCAAUGGCAGAGGCAUGUACUCCAUCGAAGCACCGGUGGGCACGUGGGCCGAGCAGUUGCUUACCCAAGCACAAAAAGAGCAGGAAUUGACAUUCCUCUGCAAUGGCAUGCCCCUUCACGCGGUGCGACGGCCGCUUGAGAUGGGCGACUACCUCCAGCUUGUGCAUAUCAAUACGCUCGGGCAACCCUCUGUGACUCCUGCCACAUAUUUGAUGCAUUGCGUGCAAUCCCUGCGAUUGUGGUCCCUGCCAGUCGCGUUUCCCCCCCUCGCACAUGUCAAAGGGCCACUUGGCACUGAGCUGGCGGAGCGCAACAACAGAGCCUUUAUACGGUUCUUUCAGGAGCUCGCAAAUCGUCGACUUGACAUCUUUGGCAGGUUCGAACAUGGCUGCAAUUCAUUGUGGCUGCUGAGUGCGCGGCACCCGCCGUUCCAGUUUGCCAUUGCUUCACCAUAUCGGCCGACCCUCGAGGAAGCCCAGGAAGUGUUUCGGGCUUCGGGCAUCUUCACUCCGCAGGAUAGGGUCAUUGAGGCCGAGCGUGCUAUUAGCAUUAGUGGGACAGCAUUUGUUCGUUUCAGGGAUGACGACCAAUUUGUGACUGCCCUCAUGCCUGCACCUCUGCAGCCAGAGUUCUUCCAUACUGCCGCCAUAGCCAACUCUGCCCCCCCGCCGCUUCAUUUGCUGCCACGAUCUCAGUACACUACAGCAUUUGCUCCUUUUCCGCUGUCACAGGGAGUUGCCUACUCCCUCAUGGACCAUACGGCUCGGACGCCUCUGAGCCGUUGUGCCAGUCUGCAAUGCGGGGUGACUGCCGACAUGUUUGAUUUCGUCUUUGCCCCAUUCGGUCGCGGCGUCUUUGAUCUGGAUUGGCUACAGAUUACUGACAUGCCUCAAUGCUCGGGCGACUUUGUUAAGACCUUGUCCAGGGCUGAUCCCACUCGCCCAUUGGAGGCCCUUCAAAUGUAUGUUGAUGGCUCAUUCUUUCCGGACCAGGGCAAGGGAGCUCGAGCCGGAUGGGCGAUCAUUGCAUUAGGCCUACAAGGCAGCCGCUGGUGUUGGGUUGGCAUCUGUGCUGUCGAUGCCCCGAUCCAAGGAUCUCCUCACACACUAGGCACGGCAGUAAGGUCUUGUUUCGAAGCUGAGCUAUCAGCUAUCGGCUUUGCUCUGGCAGUCGCGAUUGCACACCCCAUCCCCGUUAUGAUUGGGUAUGAUUCGACCUCAGCUGGGGACCUGGCACAAGGAUUUGCGACGGCAGAAUUGCAGACUGCUCUAUCGGACGCCAUCGUGUCAAUGUCACACCUCUUGGACGCCUUGGGGAGACGACCCCACUACCUUCACAUCCACUCUCACCAGCAGCAUCCAUUAAACGAGCUUGCCGACAAAGCCGCAAAAGCGGCAGCCUGCCAGUGUAUUACCAGCUCGCUUCCCACAUCCCUCGCAGACGCGGCUGCGGAAGGUGGCGAGCUUGUGGACGAGACAAAGCCCACCAAGGGCCAACUAGGAUGCCAGAUUUGGUUUUCAAAGAAGAUACCUAUUGGCAAGCUUCGGGGCGAGAUUGCAGUUCUCUCACUGCCAAAACCCCCGGCAGGGGAACGCACAGCAUGGUGGGCCGACCUCCACCACACGUUCUCAAUGAUUCCAUGCAACUGCGUUCCGAUCGUCCUUCUUGACGCUAAUGCCAGACUGGCUUGCGCAGAGGGCAUGCCCUCAGACAAUGCCAGCAUGCUGCGCAGUUUUCUCCGCAGACACGAGCUAUCCCACUCAGACUGUCUCGAUGCAAAAGACAAAGAGAUAGAGACAUGGAUCAGUCCAAAUGGUCAGGGAUCAUGCAUUGACUACGUCUUGUUUCCCGAGACUCUUCGAGAAUGCAGCAAAUCUCUUGGACCUGUCGUGGGUUUUGAAGGUCUCGUUGAGCAUGACCACAGGCCGAUAGCCGUUGAGUUCUGCAUGCAGCAGCGCGUCUCGAAGGCAGCUACAGAGACGCGACUGAACUUCCAACAUCUGCGGACACCUCAGGGGCGCCAGGACCUCCAGAGAAUGCUAUGUAGUCUGCCAGCCAUCCCGUGGGAUGCAGGUGUCGACGAACACCUUGCUUCUAUCAAUUCGCAUAUCAAAAGAGGACUCUCGCUCAUCUGCCCUAAGCUUGCAAGGGGUGCGAGGCGGCCCAUUACCACCGAUGGCACAUGGCUCGCUAUCCAGCACCGACGGGAGCUCCGCCGCGACGUCCACCGGCAGCGUCUCCUUGUGCGGCUUUCGUGGAUGCGGGACUGCUUCCAGUCAUGGCGCCGUGGCCGGAGAGAGGUCUCAUAUGAGACGCACUUACAGGGGAUGCACCUAGGACUGCUAAGCCUGCAAAUCGGCGCUACCAAUCGCCAAAUCUCCCGGCUUGCCAAGCACGAUGCCGCCGAGGCAUCGAGACAAAUUUUCCAAGACGCUAAGACUCAAGGCCCAGAUAGCCUUUUCAGGAUGUUCAGGGGUGUCAUGAAGGCAGGGAGGAAAUACAAGCGGCCCAAUCUCGUGCCAGCCCUGAUACAAGAUGAUGGCGUCGUUGCAUCCGACUCACAGGCCAUUCUGGGCCAACAUUUCGCCUCAGCUGAGCGUGCCAUUCCAGCGAAAGCCACUGAGAUCUUGACACAGCCCGCCAAGGUCGAAAUUGUUCUGCUUCAAGCUGUUGAUGCCAUCAGCCUUCCCCGUCUUGCCCACGCAUUCGGAGCUAUGGUUCGAGGUUUCCUCACUGAGUUGCAUAGUCGACAGCGUUCUGGGGGAGUUGUGUUUGUUGAUGGCCAGACGGCCUUUUAUGCCACUAUUCGACAGGGGCUCACAGGACAGGAUGCCCGCUCUACACUCACAUUCCUCAACGAUCUGGCCACGGCGUUGUUUGAUGACGAACCCUCUCGGGACCGUUUCAUCGCUUCCGCUACUGCUCCAGGACUUCUUGCUCGCUGUGAUGUGCAGCUCGAAGUGAGACGCCUUAUUGCGGCAUCACUAGACCAGACGUGGUUUAGCAUGGGUUUCCACGGCGAAGAUGCCUUCAUAACCCGUACUGGCACGACGCCAGGCGCACCACUCGCCGAUCUCACCUUCCAAUACGUAUUCUCUACCGUGUUGGAAAGGUUGAAGGCUCGUUUUGCGGAGAUCGGGUGUGUUGCCACGGUUGGAAACCAUCAAGACAUCCAGGUUCCAGCGCCCACGUGGAUGGACGACCUGGCCAUUCCAUUCACGACAGAGAAGGCAGAUGAGGUUGUCCCAACAGCUGCCCUUGCUCUUGGAGAAGUGGCCACGGCCCUCAGAGAGGCAGGAAUUGCCAUAAACUGGGGCUGCGGUAAGUCAGAACUUUUGCCCAUUUUCUAUGGGCCAGGGGCCAAGACAGCCCGCACCAAAUGGUGCGCCACAGAAGGGGCAACCUUUCCGGUCACCUUGCCCGACGGGUCGAUCACAUCAGCCCACAUUACACCCGCGUAUGUACAUCUCGGCUCACUUGCCGACAUGAAGGGAGGGGACAUUGAGGACAUUCGCCGCCGGCGUUUGCUUGCACGGGAGCUCCUGCGUCCGCUCAUGAGGCUCCUAUGCAACCCGUUUCUCGAUGCAAAAGAGAAGACGGAGCUUCUUCUAUCCAUGCCAGUCGCCCGAUUUAAGCAUGGAGCAGGGCUAUGGCGGCUCAGCAAGAAAAAAGAGCGCGAAGCUUUCCAUGCAGGAUACAUGGAGCUCCUACGGAGGUCUUUUAGACCAAUCACAGGAUGCUCCUCUAGGGGACUCACAGAUGAGGACAUCUGUGAUGGACUCGGGGUGUUAAGCUCUGCGGAGCUACGCACUGUCGAGGUUUGCAGACACGCAGCAUGGCUGUGGGCGGACGAGUCUGAAUCCAUCCGUGCUCUAUGGCUCCUAGAGGGUGAGUGGCUUGACGAGGCAAAAGAAGCGACUCGCCGUUGUGCCCGCUCCUCCCUCUCUAGUACAGAUGCCUGGGAUGCGUUGCUCUCCCGCCCUAUUGCAGCAAAGGCCUGGAUCCGCAGCUACAUCAAGGACAGGCAUUGGAAUCUGCAAGACAGCAGGGAUGGAUCUUCUGCAAACUCGAACCCUCUAGGCAUACCAAUUCGGCUCACAAGUGCGAGAUAUGCUGCCAAUCUUUUCGCACUGCCGCGGCCCUUGCAUCGCAUGCCAGCAAGAUGCACGGAGAUCGAGCCAAAGCUAGCCGACUUGCCGGAGGGAGCAGAUGUGAGGUAUGUGGCACUGAGUUUUGGAGCACUCGCAGGUUGGUUGAGCACCUGCGAAAGUCCCCUACAUGUUUGCAAGUGCUCGAUGCCUCCGAUGUUGUUGUCCCAGAAGUCGUAUCGCAACGAUUUCACUUCGCAUGGCCACCAGCGGCGCCUGCACAGGGACCCAAACCUUUCUGGGCCACUCUCCGCCCCCAAUGCAGGGAAGAGCCCAUCCGCCGCCCUUCAGCUAGCAUCAGCUGGCCAGUUUUGCCAAGCGCUUCACGUGGUGUCGCCUCCAAGGAUUUGCCUGCCUUUGUCAGGCACCUUGUUGAGAUAG